AUUAUUGCCAUUAAAAAAAAACCACUAUCAAUAACUUGGUAAUUUGCGUAGUUUAAGUACAAAAGUAUUUCAAAUCAUUAUGAGUUGUGAUAAUGAGUAGACAAAGUUAUAAAUAAUCGUGAGGAAAUGUAUGACAGUACCUGUGGUGCGGCUGCGACCGUACAAUGUGGAACGGCACAGCAUGAGUGCGAUGGACCCUUGUCACGCGAACCUCCACCGGCACCACUGGAGCGAGAUUAUAGUGGUUUUGAUAUUGUUAAGGCUACUCAAUACGGUGCUUUCAAUAGGGUCAAGGAACUGGUGGAGGCUGGCUGGGAUGUUAAUCAGCCUGACCAUGAGACCGUCACUCUACUGCACUGGGCAGCUAUUAACAACAGACGGGAAAUCAUCGAGUAUCUGCUGUCAAAAAAUGCAAAGGUAGAUGCUAUCGGGGGCGAGCUACAGUCGACGCCGCUGCACUGGGCCACGCGGCAGGGACACCUGGAGGCCACGGUGCUGCUCGUGCGCGCCGGCGCCAACCCGGCGCUGCGCGACGCCGAAGGCUGCGCGUGCCUGCACCUGGCGGCGCAGUUCGGGCACACGGCCGUGGUGGCGUACCUCGUGGCGCGCGGCGUGCCGCCCGACGCCCCCGACGCGGGCGGCAUGACGCCGCUCAUGUGGGCCGCGUGGAAGGUCACCGCCGUGGACCCCACGCGCCUGCUGCUGUCGCUCGGCGCCUCCACGGGCCCGCAGGACCGCUCGCACGGCAAUACGGCGCUGCACUGGGCUAUCCUCGCCCGCAACAGCACCGCCAUCUGUACUUUGAUUCUCUAUGGUAAUGCCAGUUUAGAUGUUCCAAAUCACCGUGGAGUCACUCCUCUGACAAUGUUACAGAACAAUCCUAAUGCAAUAUGGAUUGGUAGUAAAGUCGCCGAGAAAGUUAAAGAGUUGUCUACCUCAAGAAGUAACUGCUUUCGUAGAAUAACAUAUGAUAGAAAAUUUAGAUGGUGGUGUGUAGUCAUCAUACCUUUCCUCGCAUUUUAUAUAACUGGAAUGGUGGUCGAACUGGACGCGCCGCAGCUCCUGAAAGUUCUAAUACUGAUCUGUUUCUAUGCCCUGUUACAUUUUGUAUCGAAUUUCUUAUUUGAUGAUGAACUGAAGAAUAUAUUUCCCCUCAGUAUUUAUUUGGCAACAAAGAUGUGGUUCUACAUCACGUGGGUGGUGGUGAUCGCGCCGACCGUGAGCGCGGGCGCCACGCUGGGCUUCCUGCUGAGCUCGCUGCUGCUGUGGCACACCUUCCUGCGCUCCUGGCGCGCCGACCCCGGCGUCAUCACCGCCACGCGCCAGGAGAAGAUGCAGACGAUCAUCGAGCUGUCGGAGGGCGGCGGCGGCGGGUUCGAGGCGGCGCGCUUCUGCUCCGCGUGCCUGCUGCGGCGGCCGCUGCGCUCCAAGCACUGCUCCGUGUGCAACCGCUGCGUCGCCAAGUUCGACCACCACUGCCCCUGGGUCGCCAACUGCAUCGGCGCCGAGAACCACCGGCACUUCGUGGGCUUCCUGCUGUGCCUGAUGGCCAUGUGCGGCUGGAUGGUGUGGGGCGGCGUGCAGUACUACGGCGCGGCGUGCGGCGCCGAGGCGCUGCGCUGGCCCGCCUGCAACGCCUGGCUCGCCUGGGUGCUGCUCAACGCGCUCUUCCACCUUUUCUGGGUCUCCGUGCUCUCCUGUUGUCAGCUCUACUUGGUGGUGUGCCUCGGCAUGACGACGAACGAGCAGCUGAACCGCGGGCGCUACCGGCACUUCCAGGAGCGCGGCGGGCGCUCGCCCUUCUCGCGCGGCCCGCUCAACAACCUGGCCGACUUCCUGCAGCUGCCGCUGUGCGGGCUGGCCGCGCCGCGCCGCCGCGACUGGGCCGCGGCCGGCCUGCGCGAGCGCGACUACGUGUGAGCGCGCCCCGACCGCCCCGCCCGCGCCGCCCGCCCGGGGACGCGCCCCGCCCGCCCGGGGGCGCGCGGGAGGUACUUCAUUCCGCAUUGUAUCAGUUCGUCGCUGCGCGUGCGCCGCGGGAGCUCGCCGCCGUUGAACGUAUAAACGAACGAGAUUCGCUUUGAGUGGUUUGUGUGAGUUUUAUAGUAAAGAUGUAAAUAAUUUGAAUUUAUUUUUUAAUUAGUGAAAUAGUUAUAUCUUGCAAACGAGGUAAGGUUCUAUGUGAGCCAUGGUCGCCUCGAAAGCGCAUAAUAUUUAUAUACGCUUUCUAAAUUAUUAUAGUACUUAUUGUUAUGACAAUUUUUUUGGUCACAUCAGACGAUCGUUUUUUUUUUAUUUUUCGAAAUGUACUCGACAAAAUAAUCUUCUCGUGACUAUUAUCUACGAUGACUAUUGAUGAUAUCUCUAAACGCAACAAUGCUAGUAGUGCCAUACACUUUUUGAUCGCUUACAUACCUAGAGUCUUGCGAAUAAUGGACAUAAUACUUAAGAAAGUUAAUAAAUAAUUAUAU